GCAAUGGAGAAUAAAACUUUGGAAAGUUCCCCAUCAGACCUAAAGUUAGUGGCCCAUCCGAGAGCAAAGAGUAAAGUAUGGAAGUACUUUGGCUUUGACACCAAUGCAGAGGGAUGUAUAUUGCAAUGGAAGAAGAUCUACUGCCGCAUUUGCAUGGCACAGAUUGCCUAUUCAGGAAAUACAUCCAACCUCUCUUACCAUCUUGAAAAGAAUCACCCAGAUGAAUUUUGUGAAUUUGUGAAAAGCAACACUGAGCAAAUGAGAGAGGCUUUUGCAACUGCAUUUUCAAAACUGAAGCCUGAAUCAUCUCAGCAGGUUGUUCAGGACAACUUAAUUAUGAAAACAAAUCACAAUUAUGAGAAUAAAAAGCAUCAAGAGCUGACCUCAGCAGUGAUUAGUUUAAUCUGUGAAGGAUUACAUCCCCCAUCUAUUGUUGAUGAACCCACAUUUAAGAGUCUCUUAAGAACAGCUGACCCCAGAUAUGAACUUCCUUGCAGAAAGUACUUCUGCACAAAAGGAAUUCCUGAAAAAUACAUUGCUGUUAGAGAGAUUGUGUUAAAAGAAUUGACAGACAAUCCGUGGUGUGGCAUAUCAACUGAUAUAUGGAGAAGUUAUAGUCAGAAUAGAUCCUAUGUGACAUUGUCUGUUCAUUUUCUUAGUACUGGUUCUUCUGGAAGCUUGGCUAUUAAUUCUCGUUGCCUAAAAACAUUUGAAGUGCCAGAGGAAAACACUGCAGAGACAAUUGCAAGAGUCUUGUAUGAGAUAUUCAUUGAGUGGGAAAUUAAUGCCAAAGUUUUUGGGGCUACCACGGACAACGGGAAAGACAUAGUGAAAGCUUGCUCUCUUUUGGACAUUUCAGUACAGAUGCCAUGCUUAGGUCAGACUUUCGAUGCAGGUUUCCAGCAAGCUUUUCAGCUUCCUAAAUUGAGUAGUGUCCUAUCUAGAUGUCGAAAACUGGUGGAAUAUUUUCAGCAGUCUGCAGUAGCCAUGUACAUGUUGAGUGAGAAGCAGCAACAGCAGAAUAGUUCACAUUGCAUGCUUGUGAGUGAUCGUGUUUCCUGGUGGGGCAGCACACUUGCCAUGCUGCAGUGUCUUAAAGAGCAACAAUUUGUCAUUGCUGCAGUACUUGUGGAAGAUAGCAAUAAUCACCACCUGAUGCUGGAAGCUAAUGAAUGGAAUACAGUUGAAGGGCUGGUGGAUUUGCUUCAGCCAUUCAAGCAGGUAGCUGAGAUGAUAUCUGCUUCCAAGUACCCAAGAAUAAGCAUGGUGAAACCUCUUCUUCACAUGCUUUUAAAUACAACUUUAAGUAUAAAAGAAAAUGACUUAAAAGAAAUAAGCAUGGCAAAAGAGGUGAUUGCCAAGGAACUAUCAGCAACAUAUCAGCAUAAUCCUGAGAUAGAUAUGUUUCUCAAUGUUGCAACUUUCUUAGAUCCAAGAUACAAGAAAUUGCCUUUUCUUUCGACAUUUGAAAAACAACAGGUUGAGAACAGAGUGUUGGAGGAAGCAAAAAGUAUCCUAGAAAAAAUAAAAGAUAAUACUUCGAGGCCUGAAGAAGAAUUGUUUGCAGUGUCAGAAGAGCCACCAGUGAAAAAAGGGGCAAUUGCUUCUACGCCUCCUCCUACUAGUGCUAUCAAUAAUAUGCUUGCAGAAAUAUUUUGCCAGAAAGGGGGUGUUGAAGAUCAAGAGGAAUGGCAUGCUCAGAUUAUUGAGGAACUGAGUAAUUUCAAGUCACAGAAAGUCCUUGGGCUCAGUGAAGAUCCACUCAAGUGGUGGUCUGAUAGACUUACUUUGUUUCCUGUUUUGCCAAAGGUGCUUCAGAAAUACUGGUGCAUUGUAGCUACAAGGAUCUUUCCAGAACGUCUUUUUAGUUCUUCAGCCAAUGUUGUUAGUGCUAAAAGAAAUCGGCUAGCCCCAGCUCACAUAGAUGAGCAAGUUUUUCUGUAUGAGAACACUCAUAUUUUUCCUCUUCAAAAUGGUAAAGUUGCCAUAGUAACUGGAGGAAUUAAAGGAAUUGGUUACCAUACUGCGAAAAAUUUGGCAAGACUUGGAAUGCACGUUAUAAUAGCUGGAAAUGAUGAAAAGAUAGGCCAAAGAUCUGUGAUGAAAAUCAAAGAAGAAAUUCUGAACGCGAAAGUGGAAUUUUUAUACUGUGAUUUGGCUUCUAUGAAGUCCAUUCAUCAAUUUGUUAAAGAGUUUAAGGCAAAGAAUUUCCCACUUCAUGUACUGAUCAACAAUGCUGGAGUGAUGCUGGUACCUGAAAAGAAGACAGAAGAUGGGUUUGAAGAACACAUUGGUAUUAACUACUUGGGACAUUUCUUGUUGACAAAUCUCCUCUUGGAUAUACUGAAGCAAUCAGGAACACAUAGCCACAAUGCUCGGAUUGUCAACCUCUCAUCAGCCACCCAUUAUGUAGGUGAAUUACAUCUUCCUGAUUUACAAAGCAGUUGCUCGUAUUCACCCCAUGGAGCUUAUGCUCAAAGCAAACUUGCCCUUGUAUUAUUCAGCUAUCAACUGCAACAUCUCCUGACGUUAGAAGGGAGCCACGUGACGGUUAAUGUUGUAGAUCCUGGAGUAGUGAAUACGGGUCUCUAUCAGCAUGUCGGUUGGGCAGUGAAAAUGGUCAAGUGGAUUGCAACCUGGCUCUUAAAGACUCCAGAAGAAGGUGCAUCUACAUCAACCUAUGCAGCAGUUUCACCAGAACUGGAAGGAGUUGGUGGAUGCUACCUUUACAACGAGCAAAGGACAAAAUCUGCUGAUGUCACUUAUGAUGUUGAGUUGCAGAAAAGACUCUGGACAGAAAGCUGCAGACUUGUUGGGAUUCCUGAUGUAGUAUCCUAGAGGUCAUGGGGAGAAAAUUAUGGGUUUGCUGUGAGAAUCCAACCUGUCUCACUGACCCAGACUGUGCAGCAUCACUCAUACUUCAGGAAUUCACUUUUCAGUCACAUGAGCAAGUAUGGACAUGGUUUGAGCUACCAAUCUGCCAGCAGUGGUGGCAAUGAUGAUGGUGGGCAAAAAAUUCCCAAC